GCCGGUGCCCGGGCAGCCGGGUGGGUGCUGUGCCGAGCUCACCCCUUAGCCGGGCACACGCCGGUGCUCCGGUCAUUAGCCGUGGGGAUGUGUCAGUGAACAGAACACUCAUGUCAUUCUGUUCUGGUCGCUUUUUUUUGGUUGAGUGAAGGACCCCGGCAUUUGUCGAAACUCUGCUUUGCUCUGUGUAGGUUUGCGGAAAACCUAGAUUUCCAAAAUGAAUAAAGAUGCGCAGAUGAGAGCAACCAUUAACCAAAAGCUAAUAGAAACAGGAGAGCGAGAACGCCUUAAAGAGUUGCUGAGAGCCAAAUUAAUUGAAUGUGGCUGGAAGGAUCAGUUGAAGGCACAUUGCAAAGAUGUCAUUAAAGAAAAAGGAUUAGAGCAUGUUACUGUUGAUGAUUUGGUGGCAGAAAUCACUCCCAAAGGCAGAGCUUUGGUACCAGAUAGUGUAAAGAAGGAGCUCCUGCAAAGAAUAAGAACCUUCCUUGCUCAGCAUGCCAGUCUUUAACUUUGACAUUCAUCUGGAAUACGGUUUCCUGCAUUACAUCAGUCAUGUCAGGAUUGGAAUGCAGUUUACAUACUUAAGGAUGAAAAAUCAUUAAUUUUUUUUUGGACUGCAUCAAUUUCUUAAAGUUGGUGUUACUUUAAUAAAAAAUUUUGUGGACUCAUGGUUCUAAGGUGGUUCUCUCUCUCGGUGGACUGUAAUGUGGUGUCACCUGUUCCAGUUUUUAAUAAUCUGUAAUUUUAUACAACUGUGGAACCUUGCAAAGAUUUUCAGAAAAGAAGCACAGUGAACAAGUAUGUUGACCAGAAAUGCAGAAAAGUGUAAAAAAAAAGUGUGGAGAAUGGGAUAUGUCAUACUGCUGAGCAUAGCCUUUCUGAUUUUCCCAGAGUAAGCAGGAGAAAGUUAAGACUACAUAAAACUGUUGGUGAAAUGCUUUUUGUACUUCUUUUCUAGCAAAUGAGUUGUUUGAAGUCUCUGACAUGGUUUGCAAGUAUUCACUCAGCAAUUCAUAAGAGGUUGAAUUCUUUAAGAAAAAAGCAGUUGUAUAAUCCCUCAGCAAUUCUUUUCACAUUUACUUUGAGUCGCUAUUCUAAUUCUGAACAACUACUGUUUUCUAGCUUUGCCCAUAUUACUCGUAUUCUUUUUUGUGUGGAUCUUUGGGGACUUUUGAAACUGAAGUAUAGUGUAAUAAUUUGCCACUGUAAGUCUAACAUGAUGCAUUUUUAAUUCUUGUAUCUGGAACUGUAAGAUCAGCCAGGUCUAUACAUAACUGCAAAAAUAAAUUUGAUGAAUAGAGAGGA